AUGUCUAAAGAAACUGUCUCUGAUUUUGCAGAACAAGCAGCACACCUGAAGACUGAAGUGGACAUUCUGAAGCAACAACUUCAAGUCCGACAGGUUGCGUUCUCAGCCUCUCUGCUGGCUGGUGGAGGUGAAACAACUACUGGACCCUUUCCCAAGGACACUAUCCUUAUCUUCAAACACGUCCCCACCAAUAUCGGAAAUGCUUACAACCCAAACACAGGUGUGUUCACUGCCCCAGUGAGAGGAGCGUACCACUUUGAGUGGUGGGUCGGUGCACAUGGAGACAACGGCGCCCACGCUUCAGCUGCUGUGUUGGUCAAGAACUCCGAGAAUAUUUUCUUGGCAUGGGAGCAUCAGAAGGAUUAUUUCGGAACUGCUUCGAAUGGUGUUACUCUGUUGCUAGAGGUUGGAGACGUCGUGUUUGUGCGUCUGUGGGUUAACACUAGGGCGUUUGACAAUGAAAAUCACCACACCACUUUCAGUGGACAUCUGCUGUUCCCCAUGUGA